GAGAAGUGCAGCCUUAUAGACAACAUCUAAUUUUGCUGCUUGUCUUUGCUAGACGAUUCAGUCAUGGCUGGGCGUAAUCUGUAUUCGUAGUUCCGAGUGCAGCGACGCAUCUUCGCUGAUCAAGUCAAGUUGACUUCCAAUUGCCAUGCCCGUCGACUGUCUCAACCGCAAGAAAGACACGGCAAGGCUUGGCUUGGCUUGGCUUGGCUGUCAGCAUCGUCGCGAAGAACGUGUGGCCCACGGCAAACAUGUCGAUCUGAUGCGGCCAGAACUAAGGAAGUCCCUAACUCCCAAGUUGACUCUGGAGAUGGGGGGGACUUCCAAGACUGCGACCGACGGGAUGUUGUUGAAGAAAUGAUAGAUGCUUGGCGUUCGUGGUUUGGGAUGAACGGUUGUUGGCCCGUGCGCCAAACAACGGCGCGCUCUCUUUCUCUCUCUAAGCCAUUUGUGUUUGGUGGGGUACCUUGUCAACAUUGAACCUCUCACUCUCAAUCCCACAUCAACAAUAUCCUACCGAGUCGGCUUGACUGCAAGAUCGCAAUCACCAACAGCCCGCGAACAAUACGCCUCAGGAACAGAACCUCAAACAGGCCCGGGGUCUGAACCGCCAUCAUGUCAAUGCUCUCAAUCCAUCUAGAGCAAAUAGCUCUCUCCUGCGAAGGCAUCGACUCCCUCCCCUUCCCACCUCCGAAAAUUUUCACAAACGCGAUGCUACACAAUGCCGACAUCACCUCCCUCAUCCGUGAUACCGAGGCCCACGAGCGCGCCCUCUUUUCCGUGCCCCCUCCACCACCCCCGCCGUCCUCUUCCGCCUCGCAGAACCCAGACGCGAAACCCACCUCGAGCCGCCGCCAAACCGUAUUCAACGUCGCCUCGGGCGAGGUCACCACCGGUCCGCCACCUGGAAGCUCCCGCAGCGGCGUUGGCGGCAUGGUCGGUCCCCGUCGACACACCGCCGUCUCGGCCGUCCUGGGCGGCGACCUUCACGCGCAGCUGCGCCGCGGCGAGCGACAGGCGGCCAUCAAGGGCGGCGAUGUUGACGUCGACAUCCUUCUCGAGGGCGCGAAGAAGCUGUGCGGUGUCUACGCACUCCCCGGUGCGCUUGAGCGGAUCCCCCAGCUGCGAUCGCGGUACGCCCACCAGACCAACACGCUGGCCUACUAUGAGGCCAAGGUUGCCGAGCACCAAGCCGCGCUUGAGAAGAUGAAUAAGGAUCACUGGAUGAGCGACGGCGACGAGGGACACGCCGAUGAGCAAGAAAACGAAGACGAGGACGAGGUCGAGGAUCUUAUGACGGAGGACGACCUGCGGGCCGAGGAAGAGAUUGUGCGGGAGCUCGACAAGAAGAAGCGUGAGCUGCAGCUACGGCUGCGGGCGAUGGAGAAGGACUUGGGCGGUUUACUGAACAUGUGAAAGCCGGACAGCACUUUUGCAAUGGUUUUACGACACGAUACCCAAAAUGCGACAAGAAGGCUACAU